UCAUCGAAUUGCGGCGGUAGAAUCGGCGGACAAAAUACAAGCACAAGAAUUUGUACAAUCGAGUGCUACGAAUUACCAAAUGCAAAAUGAUUCAUGAGCUCUUGUUGGCUUUGAGUGGGUACCCUGGCACCAUAUUUACAUGGAAUAAAAGGACUGGUUUACAGGUGUCCCAGGACUUACCGUUUCUCCACCCAAGCGAAACCAGUGUGCUGAACCGGCUUUGUAAACUUGGUUCUGACUACAUUCGCUUCACAGAAUUUAUCGAACAACACACAGGCCAUGUACAUCAGCAAGAGCACCACCCUACACAGCCAAACCAAGGUGGACUGCAUGGGAUCUACCUUCGGGCUUUCUGCACAGGCUUGGACUCUGUGCUGCAGCCCUAUCGACAGGCCUUGCUUGACCUCGAGCAGGAGUUCCUUGGUGACCCACAUUUGUCCAUUUCUCACGUGAACUGCGUGCUGGACCAGUUUCAGUUGCUAUUCCCCUCUGUGAUGGUGGUAGUAGAGACAAUCAAAUCUCAGAAGAUCCAUGGCUGCCAGAUUCUGGAGACAGUGUACAAACAUAGCUGCGGAGGGCUGCCACCUGUACGUUUAGCCUUAGAGAAGAUUCUUGCCGUGUGUCAUGGAGUGAUGUACAAGCAGCUUGCCGCCUGGAUGCUGCACGGACUCCUGCUGGACCAGAGCGAGGAGUUCUUUGUGAAGCAGGGACCGAGUGCUGGGGGUGCGGCCCAAGCCCAGGAGGAAGAGGAUGAAGACCUGGGCAUCGGGGGCCUGAGCGGGAAACAGUUACGGGAGCUGCAGGACCUGCGGCUGAUUGAAGAGGAGAACAUGCUGGCUCCAUCCCUGCAGCAGUUCUCUCUCCGCAUUGAAAUGCUUCCCUCUUACAUCCCCAUCCGUGUGGCUGAGAAGAUCCUCUUUGUUGGGGAGUCGGUCCAGAUGUUUGAGAAUCACAACCAGAACCCAUCUCGUGCCAGCUCUAUUCUGAAACGGCAGGAGGACACGUUUGCCACUGAGCUGCAUCGACUCAAACAGCAGCCGCUCUUCAGCCUGGUGGAUUUUGAGAACCUCAUUGAUGGAAUUCGGAGCACAGUUGCUGAGCAUCUGUGGACGCUGAUGGUGGAGGAGUCCGACCUUUUGGGACAACUCAAGAUCGUUAAGGAUUUUUACUUACUGGGUCGCGGAGAGCUCUUCCAGGUCUUUAUUGAUCAUGCGCAGCACAUGCUGAAAACACCACCCACUGCUGUCACUGAACACGAUGUCAAUGUAGCGUUCCAGCAGGCCGCUCAUAAGGUGCUGUUAGAUGAUGACAACCUUCUGCCUCUCCUGCAUCUGACUGUUGACUACCAAGGAAAAGAGACCAAAGAGGUUGCUGGAGGUCGUGAGGGUGCUACCCCUCCGCAGGAGUCCUCUCCUCGGGAGGCUCCGCCCACCGGCUGGGCUGCUCUGGGAUUGGCCUACAAGGUGCAGUGGCCUCUGCACAUCCUCUUCACUCCUGCUGUCCUCGAGAAGUACAACGUGGUGUUCCGCUACCUGCUGAGCGUGCGCAGAGUGCAGUCGGAGCUGCAGCACUGCUGGGCUCUGCAGAUGCAGCGCAAGCACCUGAAAUCCAACCAGACCGACGCGGUCAAGUGGAGACUCCGCAACCACAUGGCCUUCCUAGUGGACAAUCUCCAGUAUUACCUACAGGUGGACGUUUUGGAGUCUCAGUUCUCCCAGCUCUUGCAUCAGAUCAACUCCAUCAGAGACUUUGAGAGCAUCAGGCUGGCUCACGAUCACUUCUUGAGCAACCUUCUGGCACAGUCCUUCAUACUGCUGAAGUCGGUGUUUCACUGCUUGAAUGAGAUCCUGGAGCUCUGCCACAGCUUCUGCUCUCUGGUCAGUCAGAACCUGGGCCCCCUGGAUGACAGGGGCACUGCUCAGCUGGACAUCCUGGUCAAGGGCUUCAGUCGGCAGUCUUUUCUGCUCUUCAAGAUCCUGUCAAGCGUUCGCAAUCACCAGAUAAACUCAGACCUGGCCCAGCUGCUCCUGCGCCUGGAUUAUAACAAGUACUACACCCAGUCUGGGGGAACCCUGGGCAGUUUUGGACUGUGAGUCAGUACCUGAAAAUGUCCUUGGUCCAGUACUACAACAGUGGACCCUAUUGCACUCCCUUGUGUCAUUCACCUGGACCCGAGUGUCCUAUUCUCAUACUGACUUGACCUUGUGUGCUAGUAUUAUUAAUUGUUUGGCAGGUUACUUAUGGAUAUGUGCACAUGCCUACAUCUUGGUCGAUUAAUAAAGAAAGAGCCUCAUUGCACCACACAGAAUUUACCUAUAGCUCUUUUAGAAAUGUAUAAAGUGUAAAUAAAUUAUCUAUUGCAAAAGAAGAACUCAAAUAAAUAUGAUAAAAUGAAACAA